AUGGGGACAGAACGCCAGGAGACAGAAGGAUUGGACGAACUCGUCGCACCAGCCCCAGAUGAAAAUCCACAGGAGAACGAAUACUAUCGUCACGAUAGCUUAGAAUCCGAACGCAGGACUCAAGAUAUCGAAAACCGUGUCGCCAGCAUUGACGAGAACGCAAGACCAGCCUCCAAAGCGCCUUCCUUCGAAAAGAGAUUCCUUGCCAAAUUCUACACAGUGUCCUACCUCAUCUUCUUCUCGAUCCUAGGAACGCUCGCCCGCCUCGGUCUCGUUGCAUUGACGGCAUAUCCUGGCGGCCCGAACGCUAACCCGAUCCUUUGGGCGAACGUCGGUGGUAGUCUGAUCAUUGGAUUCCUGCGAGAAGACCGGUUGCUGUUUCGGAACCAUUGGAAGCAAGCCACGCAGGAUGCGCGAGAUGGAGCGCAGGAGGAGUCACGGCACAGCGUCGACGACCGCAAUGAAGGAGGUGAUGGUGGCGGCCGGAGCGGAAGCGACGAGAGCGAGCUGGAGAAAGUCGCGCAGCAAUCGUUCAACGAAAAGAAGACUAGGCUCCACGUCUACAUUGGGUUGGCGGUUGGUUUCUGCGGCUCCUUCACUUCGUUUGCCGAUAUCAUUCGGGACGCUUUCCUCGCCAUCUCAGAUGACUUCAGUACGGCGGAUAUCACGACACUUGAAACCACGGAUGUGAAGAGAGGCAGAUCGGACGGGUAUAGUGUGCUGGCAGUCAUCGGGAUCUUGUGGCUGCAAGUCGCCAUGAGCACGGCGUCCCUGCAGCUAGGCGCACACAUCGCCACAGGAGUUGGGAGUCUCGCGGAGAUUAUACCAGUGCUCGAGCUGAAGAUCGAGGAGGUUCUGAAUAAAGUUGUGUUGGUGCUCGGAUGCGGAUCAUGGAUCGGUGCAGUCAUGAUGGCGAUUUGGCCGCCGCAACAAGCGUGGCGCGGACAAGCGGUGUUUGCGAUUGUUUUUGCUCCCGUCGGUUGCUUGCUACGAUUCUAUCUCGCGCUGUUGCUGAACCCACGGGCCAACAGCUUUCCACUCGGGACGUUUGCGGCGAACGUCUUUGGUACGUGCGUGCUGGGUAUGGCGUGGGAUCUGCAGCACUCGCGGCUCGUCGGUGUGGUUGGAUGUCAGGUGUUGCAGGGCAUUGGAGACGGAUUUUGUGGUGCCCUGACCACUGUCAGUACCUGGGUGCUAGAGCUCAAGGCAUUGAAACUGUGGCAUUCGUAUGUAUAUGCCGCUGCUAGUAUUGGGGUGUCGUUGGCUUUCAUGGUGGUGAUUAUGGGCUCGUUUCGAUGGACGGAAGGCUUUCAAGAUCCCGUAUGUUGA